CAUACCUUAGAGCGUCUCCUGAUGCAAUAAUGACAUGUGAUUGCCAUGGUACAACUGUAAUUGAAAUAAAAUGUCCCUAUUCCUGCAGAUAUCUGACUCCAACUGUAGCUAUAUGUCAGAAAAAGAUAACAUAUGUUGGCAUGGAGAAGGAAAACAUGGUUUUGGUUAAGGGUCAUCAGUAUGGUUACUAUGAACAAAUUCAAACACAGUUAAAUGUUUGUAAAGAAAAUAACGCAAAAUUAGUUAUUUGGACAACAAAAGGAUUGCUUACGAUAGAUGUUCCAUUUGAUGAAAUAUAUUGGACAACCAUUAUGUUACCAGCUAUAAGAAGUUUCUUUGAGAUGCAUAUAGCACCAGAAAUUUUAACCGGCAGACUUAAAAAAUCUUUGAACUCUCAGGACAAUUCCAAAGACAAAGAGAAGUCUGACAGCAGUGAAGAUUCUACAAAUGAAUCUUUCUCAGAAGAACAAGACAAGAAUAUUCAUCUUGAGGGCACCAAUGAUGAUGAUGAUGUUAAUAAUGAUGCUACUGAUGAUUUUGAUGAUGUUAAUAAUGAUGCUACUGAUGAUGUUGAUGAUGUUAAUAAUGAUGCUGCGGAUGAUUUUGAUGAUGUUAAUAAUGAUGCUGCCGAUGAUGUUAAUGACCAAAAUUUGGCUGGUAAAGAAUGUCAGGGAUUAAAAGAUUGUCAGAGUAUAAAUAGUGUUUCGAGUCAGAACUGGAACUUAGGCUGUGCUUCUUACUGUAGAGACCACAAGGCACCUAUAUAUUCCACAAUUAAAGGAGAACUUAUUGCAUGUGACGCAAAUAUAGCAUGUUCCUCCAAUACAUGGUACCAUUUUUUCUGUGAAGGUUUUCGGAGGUUAAAUAUUGAACUUCACAGGGGCAAGAAGUAUGUUUGUCAAAAAUGUAGACCUUUGCAUGAUCAGAGAGAAAAUUUGAAAAUGACAAAUGGGUUUUUUUAAUUGAUAAUUGUGACAAUUUAAAUUCACUUUUCAUACCAUUUUAGGGUAUGAUAGAUAUGAAUACAUGUAUUUGGUGCUUUUCAAAAUCUGUUUACUUUUUAAAUCUUCAUGUAACUUAAAACACUAUUUCAGGACACAAGCUCUAACAACUGAUAGAAUCUGAAAUUCAAAAUCUUUAAAAAUUGCCUGAUUUUCAUUAAAAAUUAGAACCUGUUUAUUGAAUUAUGGUUUUUAAGAGAGAGCAUCAUCUUGUUUCUUAAUUUUAUAUAAUAAAUUAAAAAAAAGACAAAAAUUUCAAGACAAUACAAACAAUAACAAAACAUGUAGAUCUAUCUGCAACUUGAAAUAAAUAAAUAUUGAAUGAAUACAAAACAUCUACAUGUACAGGUAUGAAAUGGUCUUGAAAUACACACACGACCAAGAAAUCCAACUACUUCUUCAAAAUUGGGGUUUGAAAAUUCACCAAGAAAGCACAUACUGUAAAUAUUUGUUCUGCCAAAUCUUUCAUUGAUAGUUUUACCUCGCCAUCUAGAAUGUGGAAAGUUUUCACUCUCUGAAUGGCACGUUCGACAUGAAUUCUAACCUUUGAGAUAUCUUCAGACGUUCUGGCUUCUGAGCUUUUCAGUUGUGCUCUUUCUGUUCCCUUGAAAGACGGCAUGUGCAGCUUAACACCCAUGUCAUUUAAUAUACCACUUAUCAAAAAUCCCCUAUCAGCCAUUACAGAACCUUUAUUGACUUCUAAAUUAUGAAGGAGAUCAACUGAGUCGCAUGUUAUAAAUUUAUCUGAUGCUCGACCACCAUACAUCCUGCUUACAUAAGUUAUCCCCAUCUGUGGGCUAACACCAAUCAAAAACUUGAAUGUGUUGUGGUGCUUAUAAUUUGAGAAAACCUGUUUUCUUGCAUCAAGUUUGCUUGGAUUUUGAACAAAUAUUUCAGUGCAAUCAAUAAUAACCCUUACAUCUUCAAAAUCCUUCAUAGCGUGUGAUUGAUUUUCAUUCAAUACCUCUUUUGAAGGUAGUUCACAUAACUCCUUGAGAUCAACAUACAUUAGAUUUAUCCAAGAGCUGAAAAUUUGUGAAACCAAACCAACACUGAUUGAAAACCUGAUUGCUAAAUCUUCAACCAAUAAGCCAACUUUCAGACGCACCAUAGUUAAAAAGAAUUCAUCAAUUAACGAAAGCUUCCUCUCUGGACCUCUUUUCCUAUCAGAAAAUGUAUCAGGCAUGCCUGCAUCACCUUUCCAAUAUCUCAUGUUUGUAGCCCUUGGUUCAAAAUAUUGAAAUAAAGCAUAGAAAUUCUCAUAAUUUGAAAAGCCUGUCCAAAAAACCAUGCGUUUAGGAUUGUCCUUCAUGUUUUGUAAGCUUAAAAUCUGCUUAGCUUGGCUUUCAUUAAUUUUUUUCAGACGUUCAAGUUCAUUCAUUUUUUCUUUAAUUUCAGGUAGAUAUUCUUUGAUUAACCAAUAAUUUCCUUUUUCUGUUUCUGUAUUUAUGUAAUCAUGAUUAUUAAUCUGAGGUAUUAUUGGUUCAUAUGGCUUCUUAUCUAAUGGACGCCCUACUUGAUUAUUGGCAACAGUGAUAUCUUGAAAUAAUCUUUUUUUUCUCUGUCUGGUCUUGUUUUCUAACUGCCCUGUAGGACGAGAUGUAUGUGUAUUUGUUAAAGGUAUAUUAUAGUAUAGAAUAGAUAUAUGUAGAUUAUCAGGUUUUCUGCACCUCUUUAUUUGAAAUAUCAGCUAUUAUCCAAAAUGUGAACUUUUGUAACGAUAAAGUACCAAAAAAAGAAGCCUGCUUUAUCACCAUUAUUAAUGACUGUUUUUAAAUUUUGCCUAAGUAUUACAUUGUAUCUGGAAAAAAAACUUUAUCUUAAUUUUCAAAGAACUGGUUUAAAAUCAGAGUUUUUGUUAUUUAACCUCAAAUAUUGUAUUAUUUUCUUUAUAUCCGAGAUCAACUAUGGAAAUAUUUGAUUUUUUUCGACUAUAACUUAAUAUUAUUAAGUGCCAAAUAUUUGCUCACUUGACCAAAGGGCCAGUUGAAUUUUUACUACAUGUAUCACUUGGUGUCAAUGAUUGAUGUUUAUGUUGUUUUAAACUUGAUAAUUUGAUAGGAUGUAUGUCAUAUAAUUUCAUUUCAUCAGUGUUUUCUGUUGUAAAGAUAUAGAAUGUCCAAUAAGGACUCUGAUGCAUUCAUGUCAGUUUGCACAUCUUUUUUAUGAAAUAAUUAUGCAUAUUUAAGCCUCAGGGACACAAAAGUGUGUGAGGGAUGUGUAUCAUGUAUGAGUAUGAGUAACUUGUGAAAUAAUUACUGUCUGUCUAUUUUUUAUUUGUUCUUCCAUCACAUUAUUUUUAUUGUAAAAUAUCAAUAAAACUUGUCUAUUGACAAUUGUUAUUUUGACAGUUUUUGACUAUCUUAACAGCACAGCUGAUCAUGAUCAAUAAUUUGCCAUUAGCAUGAUUAGCGUCAUUUAAUUUAAAAUUUUAAAAGAAGUUUGAUUUUUUGCAAUGAUGAAUUGACCCGUUUAACAAAAUUUUCUUGGAUUUAAGCAAAUUGAUUGUAAACCAAAUAAUAUAGGUCAAUGUAAGGUUUCAGCAUUUUAAAUGCAAGAAAUAAUUUGCUGAUGGUGAUAUUAAUUGUGUAUCACUAGAUAAUAUUGUUGUACUUUUUACUGUGUUGUAGUUAAUAUAUUUGGCAAAAUAUUGUAUUUUUACAUGUAUUAAAUUGUACUAACCAUCAA